UUCUCGUCCUUGUUUAUCAAUCAGGAAUAAGUGAUUUUUUUGGCACUGCAAAGAUGUCUGGAGGUGGUAAAGGAAAAUAUAUUGGAGGGAAAAUGGGUUCCAAGCGAGGAGAGCGUGGACAAAUGUCCCACUCUGCUCGUGCUGGCCUGCAAUUCCCAGUUGGUCGUGUUCGUCGGUUUCUUAAAGCCAAAACUCAGAAUAGCAUGCGCGUCGGUGCAAAGAGUGCAGUUUACAGUGCAGCUGUUCUAGAGUACCUUACGGCAGAAGUUUUGGAACUAGCAGGAAACGCAGCAAAAGACUUGAAAGUAAAACGUAUCACACCCCGUCAUCUCCAGUUAGCUAUUCGCGGAGACGAGGAAUUGGACACGCUGAUCCGGGCCACAAUUGCCGGUGGUGGUGUCCUACCACACAUCAACAAACAACUCUUCAUGAGACCGAAAGGAGCUGAGCCAUAUCCUGAAGACAUUUAUGACGAAUAGUAAUGAGGACAUUAACAACGACCAUCGUAGACACA